AUGUGGUUUACAGUAGACUCUUACAACCACCCUCACCAGGAUUCAAUAACCCAGUUGGACCAUCUUACUGGAGGAAUUGAGGAUGAGCUCCUACCGGUUAACCUGGAAAGUCCAUUGAUGGAAAAACUUAUGGUUGCAAAAAAUUACUUUGGAGAAGAGCCACCUCGAAUAAUAAUGGUUGGCAAGCCAUGCACUGGCAAAACGACGCUUGCCCGAAUACUGUGCAACUUGUGGGGUUGUGAUUAUGUGAACGCCUCAGAUCUUGUUCAACGAUGCAUCGAAGAGAAAUCUGGUCGAGGAUUGGAAAUCAUUCGUCAAUUGCAGCAAGGCGAGGAUCUCUCAGAUGCCACCGUAUUCAAUAUUCUACACGAACACCUACAGUCACCAGAGUGCCGAAAUGCUGGUUACAUUUUAGACGGUAUACCGAAUUACAGCGAGAAAUUAUUGAACAUUCAAACCCAGUUAGAGUUCCUGGCCAGGAUUUAUCCAACGCCAUCCUUGUGGGUGAUGAUAGAUAUACCCGAUCCGGAAUUGCGAGCACGGUGGGAAGGUAUGCGUAUUGAUUCUUCCACGGGCCAACUAUACUCCCGGCUGAACUACGAUCCAUCUGUGGAACCAUCUGGCCGAUGCGAUUUUCCCAUCAUCGACGAAGAUAUCAAAGCACGUUUGAUGAUAAGACAUGAAGAGUUGCCUGAGAAUCUGGAUCUCCAUUUCCGCUUUUAUAACGAGAAUAUUCAGCAACCACUGGAAGAAUUUCUCAACCGGUUCGAGUCUUCAACGGUGGUUCGUCUGGAUGGAACACUCUGUCCAAUGGGUUUAUGUCAACAACUAGUCUCCAAAUUACUUGAUUCAUCUGCAAAAGGAAUUAGCCGACCGCCCAGUGUGAGUACGGUGCCGUCCGUUGAAAUGCAGCUACCGGAUGAGCUGCUGGCAAUCAAAUCUAUAUGGUGUAAUGAGCCUCCCCGAUUGGUCAUGUUUGGCAAACCAUGCGCCAAGAAGACGACGUUAGCUCGAAUGCUCUGUAACGCAUGGGACUGUCAUUAUGUUAACGUCACUGAAUUAAUUUCCACUCACGUUGAGAGACGAACGGGCACAGGGCUGCGCAUUCUCUCACUGAUGCAUAGACACGAAGCGUUGCCCGAUUCCAUGACUUUCGAGAUCGUCAGCAAUGAGCUACUGUCCACUGACUGUGUUGAAAGUGGGUACAUUUUGGACGGAAUGCCAACUACCGAUGAAGGGAUGCCGAGUGUACCAUCUCAGCUAGAAUUUCUACGCCAUCUUCUUCCUCGCCCCCGGUUCUGGGUAUAUGUUGAUGUAGGUCUCGUUGGGCAGACCAGCAGUUCCAUUGUUCCUUGCGUUGUGCGUUAG